ACACUGCACUACACAGACUGCACAGCACACAGCCCAUUUUAUCCUGCGCGGCCUUCCCUUUCCUUCUUCCGCCGCCUUCGCCACCAAAUUCUGACGUGCCCCUCCUCUCCGCCAUGGCAUCCGCGUCUUGCGCCGUCGCGCACUCUGCCUGCCGCCUCGUUUCCCCCUCCCCCGCCACCACCCUGCGCUCCUCCUUCCUCUCCCCACCCGCCACUGCUCUCCCCAUCCAAAUUUCCCGCUCUCCCCCCAGCACUUCCGCUCCGCUCCCCACCGUGCGCGCAUUUGCGGAGCCGCCUAAGCAGGGUGCGAUCGGGAAUUUUUUCGCGCGGUUAACCGGCGCGCUGCCCGUGGUGGGGCUUGUGUCGCGCAUCGCGAGCGACGAGGGCGGCGUGGGCGCGGACCGCAUUCACUACGCGGAGUUUUGCAGGCGGGUCGAGAAGCGCCUGCCGCAGGGCGCGUGGAUGGCCGUCCGCGACUUCGAAGCCCGCUUCGGCAAGAUGGCUCGUCCCGGCCUGGUGUUCCUGUGGUGCUGGAUUGCAGCUGUGGGCGCAGGGUACGUGCGGCGGGACGCCAUUCUCCUGAGCGCGCGGCGCAUGCGCGCCUCCCUGGAUGCGGACUACGAGCUGGGUAUCUUCGACCAGAUGCUCGAUGACCAAUCUAAGGUGAAGACAGCGCAGGCAGCAGCAGCAGCAGUGCCAGUAGAAGCCAGGGCGGAGGUGGCUCUGGACGCCAUUCUGGACUGCUGCGUGGGGCCGCCCUCGCAGCGGCAGAUGGACGACGACGACUGGCAGCUGCUGCUCACCAUCCUCGCUGGGGUCUUCCCCACUGCCAGCGUUGCUGCUCUAGAGGACGCUGUGAACGCACGCAGGGAGGCGAGCUUGCCCAAAAAGGAGGAGGCGGAGGCGGAGAAGGAGAAGUCAGCCUGAUGUGUCUCAAAGACUGGCAGCUGCUGCUCACCGUCCUUGCUGGGGUCUUCCCGAUUGCCAGCGUUGUUGCUCUAGAUGAUGCUGUGAAUGCUCAUAGGGAGGCGAGCUAGCCGAAAGCUAAGGGGGCGGACGUGGCAGUAGAAGUAGGAGGAGGAAGAUGAGUAGGAGGAGUCUGCUGCCUGCCUGAUGCUGUGAUCAUUGAGGUGCCCCAAAAGCUGCUGCUCUUCUCUGCUCGCUCUGCUCGCGCUACCAUCCCCGAGGGCGCGUUCUUUCCCGUCUGUCUGCUGUUGUGUGUUUUUUGCUUUGUAGUGGGGUUUAGCAGUACUGACAAACCGCAGCCUAGUUUAACACUUCUAGUAUGGCGACCUUUUUGCCUAGUUGUAGGAAGGUUUGUUCGUAGUGGGUUGUUGUGAAGCGUGAUGUGAAGCAUUGUGUUGGUGAACCCAAUGUGCAGUGCUGACUGGUGCAUCGGGGUCAACAGGUGAGGGAGAUCAUUGCAGAUGCAUGCAUGCAGCUUAGUGCAGCAGCAUACCUAAUACCGCAACAUACU